GAAAAAACAAGCUGAAAGCUUUCCCCUGUGUCUUAAACUGUCCAAGAAGGAGAUAGACGGUCUAUUAAUAACUAAGACAGACUUGAGCCAGGGAAGCCAAAGUCUAAUGCCGCUGUUCUGGGAUUUCUGAACCUCUAUUACACAAGCAGAUAAAGGUGUUGCUACAGUCAACGGACUUAAAAGAGCAGCAUAAGCUUCCACAGACCAACCUGGAAGGGAUUAUAAUUUCUAGAACCCAGGAAGUUCUCAGAAGCAGCUGUUAAACCUCAGUUGUUGUAUAUGGAUUCAUGUGUAAAUAUUGUUUUAGAUAGAUUUAUCUGAAGCCAUGACAAUUAACACAUCCAGGGAUCAAACCAGUGACUCCUGUAUUUGCUGCAGGACAAGGACCGCAUCCAUCCACUUCUUCCACUAUGUGGCACUCUAAUCUCCUGUGUUUCUUUGUUUUCUUUUAGAUAUGGAUAGAAGCAGGAACCAGUUGGUCUGAACCAUUUGGUGGACCAGUGCAGUCUUUUCUACUCCACCAUCUUCCAAACCCACCACACACCCUUAAACACUCCCAACAACCCUUACAUAACGUCACACCCUCACACACAGCAACCAUGACAGACAGGGUGGCCUUCAGCACGCCCAAAAACCCACCCACUCAAUCUCCUUUGCUUCCACCCGAGCCCAUAGACAUCAUCCGCACUAAGACCCGCUCUCGGCGGGUAAAGGUCAAUGUUGGAGGCCUAACACAUGAGGUACUCUGGCGAACACUGGACCGGCUGCCUAGAACCCGACUGGGGAGGUUGAGAGACUGCAUUACCCACGAGUCGGUGCUCGAGGUUUGUGAUGACUACAGCCUUGCUGAGAACGAGUACUUCUUUGACAGGCACCCUAUGGCCUUCUCCUCCAUCCUCAACUUCUACAGAACUGGAAAGCUGCACAUGAUGGAGGAAAUGUGUGCCCUGUCCUUUGGCCAAGAGCUCGACUACUGGGGUAUCGACGAGAUCUACCUAGAGUCAUGUUGUCAGGCACGUUACCACCAAAAGAAGGAGCAGAUGAAUGAGGAGCUGAGGAGAGAGGCGGAGACCGUAAGGGACAAUGAGGGGGAAGAGGAAGAGCAGGGUUGCUGCCCAGACAAAAGGCAAAUGCUCUGGGAUCUGCUGGAGAAGCCAAGCUCAUCCUUGGGUGCGAAGAUCCUGGCUAUGAUUUCCAUCCUGGUCAUCGUCAUUUCUACCAUCUCACUGUCACUCAACACCCUGCCGGAGCUGCAGGUGGUGGAUGAAUUUGGACAGUUCAAUGACAAUCCCAGCCUGGCUCAUGUAGAAGCUUUGUGUGUAGCAUGGUUCACCAUGGAGUAUGUGCUGCGUCUGCUCUCAGCACCAAACAAGUGGGAUUUUAUUAAAGCACCGCUGAACAUCAUUGACCUGCUAGCUAUAAUACCUUACUACUUGACCCUCUGUCUAACAGAGUCAAACAAAAAUGUAAUGCAGUUCCAAAACGUUCGCCGUGUGGUCCAGAUUUUCCGAAUCAUGAGGAUCCUAAGGAUACUGAAGUUGGCCAGGCACUCCACAGGACUGCAGUCCUUGGGCUUCACCUUGAGAAGGAGCUAUAACGAGUUGGGUCUUCUCAUCCUCUUCUUAGCUAUGGGUAUUAUGAUCUUCUCUAGCUUGGUCUUCUUUGCUGAGAAGGAUGAGGACGCCACCAAAUUCACCAGUAUCCCCGCCUCUUUCUGGUGGGCUACAAUUACUAUGACAACUGUUGGUUAUGGAGAUAUCUACCCUCAAACUCUGCUGGGUAAGAUUGUAGGAGGAUUCUGCUGUAUAGCAGGUGUUCUGGUUAUUGCUCUCCCCAUCCCAAUCAUUGUCAACAACUUUUCUGAAUUCUAUAGGGAACAGAAAAGACAGGAGAAGGCCAUUAGGAGAAGAGAAGCUCUUGAUAGGGCAAGGAAGAGUGGAAGUAUUGUUUCAAUUAAUCUUAAAGACGGGUUUACACAUAAUAUUGAACUCACAGACGUGUUGGUGGAAAACAGCAAGUGUACGGUGGAUAAUCAAGGCUCGCUGGGCCGAUGUGAAUAUCAGAAACACUUCUGCAGUGCCAAGGGGGGGAGUCCGAGCAGGUUAACACAAUCUCAUUACCAAGAAGUGUCUCAGCAAGGCUCCCCGGAAAGAGCUAGGCUAUCUUCAAACAAAACUUCUAAAAACUCUGGUGCAAACAGAGUGGAAGAGGCUUUUAACAAACCAACCAUCCAGACACAGCAGGACAAAAUCAUAGAAGAGCAGAUGGAAACCAGAACAAUACCCUCAACCACAGCCAGACAAAGUCCACACAGGAUCAACCUUUAUGAGCAAUUCUCCAAUGUGACUGAUAACCCUUCACUGGACAAAGAAGAAAGAAGCUCGCAGCCGCUGAAUACUGAAGGAAACAAGACUCGAGGAAAACACCAGCACAUCCCCCCUUCUUUGGAUCUAAGACAGAUUAGUACCAUGGAGUUGCCCAAGGGCUCUGACACCGGCCAGCUGGAGACCCUCAUCACGGAAGGCUUGUAUGAUUCUGUGCCCAGCCCCAGAGGAAGUCAUACCAGAGACAUGGGAUCAGUGCCACAAAGUGCUGCUAGCUUUGGGGGGGCAAAUGGAGGCAACUGCAGCUCAAUGCUAGAUUAUAGCAACCCUCAAAAAAGAAAAGCUCUCAAGGUUGACUUAAUUGGAUCUCAGGAUGACGUGCUGAGGUCUGUGUUGACACCUGCGGCAACCUCUGCCCCCACUACCUCAGUCAAAGUUGCCCAACUACCCUCAGAUAAGACAGGACCCGGGAUUUCUCCACCCCAUAGCUCUAAAACUAAGGAAGAAAGGUCUUCACUGCCAAUCCAACAAUCUCCAACUCUACAAUCUGUCAUCCCCAGAUACUCCCAAGGGGGAGGAGAGGGCUCAACAGCCAAGGGCUUAAAAGGUGAAGGACAGCUCACGAGCUUAAGUCGCCACGAAAGGGAUCACAAUGAGCAGUCUGACAUUUGCUCAGGUAGCAGAACUAACUACACCCAGGAGCUUAUGCCUGCGGACAGAGGACAAGAAGGAGGAGGAGGAGGAGCAAAGCACACAGAGCAGACUGAAGAAAAACAAAUCAAUCACAUCAUUUUGGACGACAGCAUGACACCGCCCUGUGAGACAAGCAUGUGAACUGAGAAAAGAAGAGAGGUUACAGAAAGAGAUAAAACAAACAUGGAGGCUCUUUCUGAGGUAACAAGCCCUGUUUGGAAAUAGGCGUGUUGUAUGUUCCUGUGGUGAUACGCCAGGUGUAAUCCCACACAAACUGUUGGACUCUCAUUCAUGUCCUGAGGAGCAGCAUCGUUCAAAGUCACAAAGGGAAGUCCGGACAUACUGUUUCCUGACAGCAGAGACAACAACAGUCUUCAGGAAAAAAAAGAUGACAACAAUGCUUAAUUACAAGCUAUGACAGAGGACUAUGGCCACAUUUUGGGGAUAGUAUAACAAGAAUUAAGUCACAUGUCUCACCAAUAAAGCUGUACUUGUAUGUAAUAAAAUAAAAGACAGGUCAAUUCUCCAGGUCUGUGUAUUGUUUUCCCCCAGAAGAGGCAAAAUGUCAUGCUCAUGUCCUGAUUCUUGUGAUGUUGAUAUUGUGUGCCAGAAGAAUACGUUUCUUCCUCUAUGUGAAACUAAUAUCAAAGCAUAACUUCACAAGAUGAUCCACCGUUCUAAUUUGAAUGAUAUGGUUAACUGUCUUCUGUUAUGUCCCCCAAAACGUGUCACUUAAACUUAUGACUUCAUUUCUUGUCAUUUACAAAUUUGUUUUUUC